AUGCACCCAUGGUCAAAGCCUCAAGUAGGAUAUUUUCCCGGCUUUCUCGUUAUCUCUCUCGGUGAUCCAGAGACCUUGAAGCAAUCCAUUCAACUGGUGAAAGUCGACUCAGGGCUUGAUUUGUAUCGACUCACACGCAUAUAUCAACUGUUUGAAUCCAUUUUGUGCGACGAAAUUUCGUUGAAAGAAGCCACGCAUAUGCUUGAUCCGAUUCUUCUUCAACCGUCCCUGUAUCCUCAGUGGAUGAUCAUUCUCGCUUACGGCGUAUCGUCCAGCACGAGCACGUCUUUAUUUUUCACCGGAAAUCACGCGGAUAUGUUUAUCGGCUUCUUUCUCGGGAUCUUUGUCGCAGUGGGGUACUUGAACGUCUCCAGGCAUGUCACGCGGUUUGCCAGUAUUUUUGAUGUGUUGAUAAGCGCCGUUGUGGGAUUUCUGGCUGCGGCGAUAUCGACGCGCCUUUCCAGUACUACUUCUUGUUUUUAUGCAUUGUCGAUUGGAGGCAUCGUCAGUUUGUUGCCUGGGUAUGCCACCCUGAUUUCGCUUCUGGAAUUAGCAGCAGGCAGUAUCAUGGCCGGUACUUUGCGAUUGACCACCACGUUGGUGUAUUCGCUUCUUCUAGGAUUCGGUUUAGCCAUUGGCUCGAGCGUGCAUGAAUUCUUGUGGCCGUCGCUCAUUUUCAAAUCAUCCGAAUCUGUGUGCACUGCAGGUUUAUCUGCUUAUUACCAUAUCCUCUUGGUGCCUCUUUUUGCUGCGGCCAAUAUUGUCAUUCUGUGUGGCCAUCCGCGUAAAUUCCCCAUCAUGCUGAUCCUCGCCAUUCUAGCCCACAGUGUCCAGUAUAUAUCACUAGAAAGUUUAGUGACUUACCGGCAUCUCGCGACCGUCUUGGCAUCGUUUGUAGUAGGAUUUUCAGCCAAUAUAUAUGCGCGAUUGUGCUCCACGGUCGGAUUUGUGGAUAUGAUUGCGGGGUUGUUGUUCUUGGUGCCUGGGUCGGUUGGCGUCACAUCUUCUCUGGGCUCUUUUGGCCAAAUGCUGACGACGGGCAAUACUAUUGCCGAAGUAUUCGUAAUUGCUCACGCCGGUCAACAAGGCAUUGUAUUCGCAGCACAUAUGCUGGUCAUCACUGUCUCCAUUUCAUUGGGCCUCGUUCUGGCCGCCGUCGCCAUCUAUCCGCUUCGAAAAAUUAUGGACUUCAGAUAUCAAACAUCGCAUCGUACGACCAAACUGCAACCUUUCAACAUUGCAAAAGAAGAAAUAAUAAAUAAUUAUCGAAAAAUAGGAUCCUCUCUCAGUAAAGUCGUCGUCAAGGAUUCGUUUAGUAAAGUUGCGCUCGAUAGAUUGCAUGAUAAUGGUUGGAAAAAGAAAUCAAGCUUUUUCACAAUGGAGGAAGACCGUGGUUCCACCCAUUCAGCUUCUUCAUCUUCUACCAUCCCGACUUCCAGAUUGCCUUACCCAAUAUCACAACUGCGCAAGUCGGCUCUGCCACGUCGAUUCAGAAGAAAAUCAAGUCAUAUCGACGAUGCUCUCAUUGAAGAAGACGAAGAGUCAUCUGCUUCCAGAAGUCAAGAUGUGCAGGCCGCCCUCGAGCAAUUAACCAAAACGCACCCGGAUCGACCUCACGGCAGUCGACAGAACAGUCAACGAGAUAUGCAUCCACUCACACCCACCGCUGAUGCCGGCGAUACCACCAAGCCCUCCUAUUUCCAUUCCCCGGCCGGCCAUGCGUUGGGGAAUCCUCCUUCAUCACUGACCCAACGGUUGAUUGACCGAGGAGUCUCGGUGCCUUCUUCGGUCAACAGCUCGGAACGACCUCGAUCCACAACGACCAUCAACACAGAUAAUACCCUUUCUUCCUCGCUCGGAUCCUUCAUGAACGAUUUCGACUCCUCUGCCUAUUACGGAUUAUCCCCUUAUGUCGGCUCCUCGUUUUCGGCCGCACCAGACAGUCUGCUGAGCAACGACAGUGAUCGUUCCUCCCAACGAUAUCGAUCCCUACGCCAUCGAUACGAAAGAGAGCAUGAUUCUCGCUCCUAUCACCUAAGCGAAGAGGAUGAUGAAGUGGUGUCUUCUCCGGAACCUCAUAAAGUGGCACAUCCUUCACGGAUGCGCGGGCGGUCACGCCUGGAAACGGAAGACAGUGACAUUGAGCUUUCAGAUGAAGAUAUCGUGAGCUCGGGCGAUGCUACCGGGCAGGAAGCGGAGUCUUCACCAACGACGUAUUCGCCACUGUUUCUAAACACACCCGACCCACGACGAUGGCCAUCACAAGUAUACGGCAAAACGCGAUCACCUUCACCGCUCGCAUAUGCAACCUCCACUGCCACCGAACAGUCCAGCCAUCCGUUAUCUGCUGGAUUGAACAACAAGACGGAAAAAUCCACCGAUUCCGAUUCUCGCGAUUACUUUGAUAUGUUCUCCCCCAGUGUUUCUUUAGAUGCGGAAGAACGCAUGAGCUCUUCCUCUUACGCAACGGCGCUACCGAGCUGCACCUCCAAAACGAGUAACGAUGAAUAUUUCACUAGUCCUCGCAGCGAAAAAGUGGCUUCUCCGGUGAGCCCGCAACGACCUCUACCCCCUUCCCUUCAGCAUCUGUCAUCCAUUCUAUCGUCUCCGUCCAGAUCCUCUUCUAUUUUCUCAGGGAAUGGUACCGAUGCCCUGUGGCGACUCAACGCCAAAGAGCCCGUGUCGCAACCCAAAGAGCAACCACCUGUCUCACCGUUGGAUCGACCGCCGCGAUGUCACCUUUUGCAAACACCAGUGUUCCAGGUCGUCAACGUCAAUACAGUCAAGGACCGAUACCUCUUUCUCUUCAACGACUUGCUCGUCAUUUGCAAACCUAUCAUGGACGAAAAUAUCAUUGUCAGUAGUGCUUCGUGUGGACCGGAUACCAACGCAACCAGCGAUCGCAACCGUGACAGUCGCUAUCGUUUCCGUCCCACGGAAAAGAGUCUGUUUCAAGUGAAAAAUAUCGUUGAACUGAGCAAGGUGACGUUGUACAUGACGCGGGAAGAUCAAUAUACGCAGCAGCAGCAACAACAACAAAACCAGCAACGCCGUUUGUCUUUGGCCGUCGGACCGGAUGGACGUCCCAUGCUUCCUCAAGCCCGGAAAAUGCAUCCCGUCUUGGCUUCCGCAUUGCGAAAGUUUGAAUCCAGCGCCAAAGCCGGAAUUGAGUAUCUCAAAGAGAAGCAGAUUUUAACCAACGAGCCUUUGACGAUUGCCAACUUUUUAUUCAAGACGCCGGAUCUCAACCGACGUCAACUCGGUUACUACCUUGCCGAUCCAGAGAAUAGCGAUAUCUACGAAUCCUUUCUCGACUGUUUCCGUCUCGUGGGUCUUCGUCUGGAUGAAGCGCUUCGUAUACUGUUAACGACCUUUCGUCUUCCCAGUCGAUGGGAGUUGCUCGAGUACAUUAUUGAACGGUUUGCUAAAAAGUGGCACGAUUCGAAUCAGAACGUUGUGAAAUUCCAUGAAGAUAUGGUGGUCAAGGUCGUGGUCGCCAUGCUCUUCCUGAACGCCGAGGUUUGGUAUGAUGCAAGUAGCGAGCGCGAUGUGUUUUGGUACGCCCGCGAACGCAAAGAAAGGGAAGACAGACAGCGAUUUUCGCGACGCGCAAGCGUGGAUCGCAAGAAUAAUCGCGAAAGUGUGGCCAUCGAACCUUUGCAUUACAUUGCGGCUUUGCGUGCCCAGGGGACGGCCAAACCGGAUAUGCAAGACUUUUUGGAACGUUGGAAUUACUACGAUCAAUACACACUUGUACCACGUGAGUUUAUGGAAGACAUGUACCGUUCGAUCAUAGAGGAACGUUUGGAAACCGGAUGGGAUAACAAGUCGGACUGUGUCUCCUCGUCGGAUGAGGAGGGGACCUCGGACAAGCAGGAUCACGAAGUCAUUAUCACCGUCAUUCCUCAUCGAUUGCCUACGCGUUUAACCAAAGGCAUUGCUUCCGAACCCAUCACCAUUUCCAUCCCUGCGCCUGAUCCUGGUUUGCAAAUCAAGUUGCGUGGUCAAGAUUUGGUAUGCGAACCAAAUGUCCUGGAUUUUUCCACGUCUUGCUUCCAAACGUUCACCAUCACGGGCAAUACUCUGGGAAGAACCAGUUUGAUGUUUAUCAAAUCCGGCUCUCACGCCGGCCGCUAUGUCAGUCCCGCUCUACCACGUACCAAGAACAUUGUUGUCGAACGUCCGUUUAUGCGAUACACAUUCCACAUCGCCUUCAAUCCCACGGAUAUCCGCACGUCCAAGCCAGGCAACCAGGUGGUCGAUCGGUCCUCCGCCAAACAUACCAGUGAACUUCCGUCGUCGCCGUUGACAAUCCACUCGGGGCACAUGGAUGGUCCCGAGGAACCCGAACUGCCACUGGAACAGGAACCGGCCUCCAGUAUGAAACGAAAAUACACAUUCAGUGUCGAAACCGAAGAAGAACGUCACGCAUGGGUGCACCAAUUGCGGCAUUUAUGUGGCACCGUGAUGAUUAGUGAUAUCAAGCAGAAGUGCAUAUGCAACAGCAAAGCGGUGAAAACGUUUUCGGCCGAGGAACGUGUGGCGCUCCAGGUUUUGAAAGAAGUAUUACUGGCGGAUGAAGUGAAAAAAGGCACAGCCGGUGUGGCGGGGUUACGGACCAAUGGCGGCAAUGCGGGACGUGCAGACUUGAACGGCACCAAUAGCGUUGCGAGUCCGUCGUUGAAUAAACCGGGGUUGGAUGAAGCAGGAUGGAGUGUCGGUGCGGAGGAAGACAAGGAAAUAGCCGACGAUAAAAUGAUGCGCAAAAGUGAUCGUGGCUCGCUCAUGUCAGUGGCCUCUGGUGCCACCAAUGUGGUCACCAAACGUGGACAUGAAAUUGUUAAGUUGGUCGUACAAAACUCGCUUGUUCCACUCAUGCUCGGUUUCCUCCGCGCGCAGAUUCCUUCCUAA